CCCCCCCCCCCCCCCCCCUUUUUUUUUUCCUUCUGACACACAAGACACAUUGCUAUUACACCAGAAUUGUUGUUAAACAACUGUUUUAUGCUGUAAUAACUACCCUUACAUUUUAUGCUGUAAUCACUAUCCUUACAAGUACUAUGUGAAGAUUUGACAUUGAUCCCAAGUGUGUAUGUGGGUGUUGUUGGAUAGAAUAGUUAAGAUGAUCCUUUUUGGCAUUCAGUUUGUCAUGGAGACUUGGAGAGCUAUGGAGGAAAACGAUAUUGAAAUGAAUGGCCGAUGCUAUUUUCUUAUCAUCCGAGCUCUAUGUAAAGGAGGUUACCUGAAGGAGGCAUUCACUUCGAUGAGUAUUGUUGGAGAAAAACCUGAUAUCUAUCCUGUUUUGGCUAUGUACAAUAACUUGUUAGGCGCUUGUGCUCGAAUGAAUAGUAUAAAUUAUGCUAAUGAAUGUUUGGAUUUGAUGGAACUCCAAAUGGUGGGGAAGAACGAAGUAACGUAUGCCGAGCUUCUCAAGGUGUGUAAAUUGUAUCAUUGUAAUUCUCUUCAAGUUCUACUAGAUGGCAAAAAUCCAUCUUAUAGUUGUGAUUUUGUAAUGGUUUCAUUGCGAGGAGAAUUGUGAGAACAGUGAGAGAGGGAGAUGGGAAUGUAUACAUUUAGCAUGAAUGUUUAUUGAUUUGGUCUUUCUCUUGAGUUACUUGGUUUCCAAUAUGGGCAUAGAUUUGUUUCCACGUGAUAUAUUUAUUACAUCAAAAUUUGAGACAUGAAAAUUCGUUAAACUUAGUAGAGCCAAAAAUUGACAAACAUGGUGUAUACAAACAAAAAACAACAAUAAAGAGAUUACUUACAGUCCUUUACAAAAAAAAAAUUGGGGCUAACUAACCCAGGCUAGUUUUCAUUUAUCGAAAACAUUGCAUGAUAAUUUCUUAUUACUUCUAUCAAGAAUUUAUCAUCCAUUGAUCAAUAAUUUGGUUACACAGUCAAUUCUUCAUAAUUUGAUUUUGUAGUUCCAAACAUCAUAAUUAAGAUAUAAAAUAGCAAAGACAGUAAGUCAAAUUAAAGAUUCAAGAAGUGUAGCACCGUCAAAAUCCAGUUGAAACACAUCAGUCAACUGUUGUAGAAAAAUAGAAACUAACAAUUGCAGAAGGUCAAUUUGUGAGAAAAAACCCGUGAAUAUGCAAAUCAAGGUCAAUUUGUAGAAGCCAUAACACACUGAAAAUGCUAAAAUGUGAUUACUGACCACCAAUCGCGGUUAUUAUUAUCAGAAAGAAUUAUUGAAACAAGAAAGUGAUAGGGUGAGCAUAAUAAACUCUAGAUGAAUAAUCUUAAAAAAAAAAAAAUUGAGAGUGAGCCAGUUACACCCCCGGGGGUAGGUUGCAUUAUAGAUACACCUUGGUUUGCGUUAGGUAUGGCAUAUAGGGAAGGGUCUAAGUUAUAAACCCAAUUUUUAAUCAACUGAUUGUUGCUCUAAAAGUAUUGCUUCAGCUUGCAGUUUUGCAGCAAAAUCUGUUGGCAGUCCAUGAAAUUUGGAAGGAGUUUGUCAAACACUACAGUCUCAGCAUUAUUUCUCUUCGAAAGUUUAUAUGGUCAUUUACGAGGUUGGGAGAUUUGGAAUCGGCAUAUGUAACCUUACAACAUAUGGUGGGUUUGGCUUUCCGGGGAGACUUUUUCAUCUCUAAAACUGAUGAAGGAAGAUUGCGCAAUUUAAGAUUGGACAUUCCUAUUCCUUACAACAAUGACUUGGGUUUGGACAGAUGUAGCAUGGAGAAUGCAAGUUCUCUACCUUCUGUCCUUGGAAACUUUACGAAAAUGGACAUUCACACAAAUGAUGGUAUGCAUCGCACUGCUUUUAACAUUGGAAGGAAACAAGUUAGGAGUCUUGGAAUCAACAUGCUGGAAAAGCAAAUGAGUCGUCCCACCAUAAAGAUCUUGCGGUGGUCCUUCAAUGAUGUGCUACAUGCUUGUGCAAGUGUGCAGAAUUGUAGGUUGGCCGAUCAUUUAAUUUCACAGAUGCAAAAUCUUGGUCUGGAACCAUCUGGCUCUACAUAUGAUGGCUUCAUAAGAACGGUUGUUUCUGAGAGGGGCUUCCGUGAGGGCUUGGAAGUGUUAAAGUUAAUGCAACAGAAGAAUAUGAAGCCACUCAAGUCAACUCUUGCAACCAUGUCAAUAAGUUGCAGUAGAGGUUUACAGCUGGAUUUGGCUGAGGCUUUUCUCGAUCAGAUAUCAAAAAAUUCUUCUGCUUACACUUGUAAUGCUUUUCUUGAAGCAUGUGACACUCUGGAUCAACCUGAACGUGCUGUCCGGAUACUUGCUAAAAUGAAGCAAUUGAAAUUCCAGCCAGAUAUCAGGACAUAUGAGAUGCUAUUUUCCUUAUUUGGUAAUGUGAAUGCACCCUAUGAAGAGGGCAACAUGUUGUCACAGGUGGAUGCUGCUAAAAGGAUAAAUGCUAUAGAAAUGGACAUGGUGAAAAAUGGCAUUCAGCACAGUCAUUUAUCAAUGUUGAAUUUGCUGAAAGCACUUGGAGCUGAGGGGAUGAUAAGGGAGUUGAUUCAGUACUUACAAGUGGCAGAGAACCUGUUUUCUUUUAGUAACAGCUUCCUAGGAACACCCAUAUAUAAUACAGUGUUGCAUUCACUUGUCGAGGCAAAGGAAAGUCAUAUGGCAAUAGAAAUAUUCAAGACCAUGAAAUCUUGUGGUAUUCCACCAGAUGCUGCGACGUAUAAUAUUAUGAUUGAUUGUUGCAGCAUUAUCAAUUGUUUCAAAUCUGGUUGUGCCCUAGUUUCCAUGAUGGUUCGUGACGGUUUCGACCCACGGGCAGUAACUUACACUACUCUCAUAAAGAUUUUGUUGGGCUGUGAAGAUUUUGAUGAAGCAUUGGAACUUUUGGAUCAAGGAAGCUCAGAAGGGAUUCGACCUGAUGUAUUCUUAUUUAACACUAUUCUUCAAGCAGCAUGCGAGAAGGGAAGAAUUGACAUAAUCGAGCUUAUAGUUGAGCAGAUGCACCAAGAGAAAAUCCAACCUGAUCCAGCAACCUGCAAUUAUGUGUUCUCAGCAUAUCUUGACCAUGGUUUUGUCGGCACUGCAAUGGAAGCACUGCAGGUUCUGAGUAUGCGAAUGAUUUCUGAAGACGAUGGCACCCUGGAGGAAAAGAGAAGCGAACUUGAGGAAGAUUUCAUUCUUGCUGAAGACUCACAAGUUGAGUCACGGAUACUUGAGCUUUUUAAAGACUCUCAUGAGUAUCUUGCUGUUGCCCUCAUUAGUUUAAGAUGGUGUGCCAUAGUUGGGUUCCCAAUAUCAUGGUUACCCAAUCAAAGUCAAUGGGCCAAGAGACUUCUGACCAGCUAUGGUUCUAGAAAAAACUAUGGCCGGUAACUUUUGGAGUGAAAUAACUUAUUCUGGUUGACAGUGAGUUAACAGUUCACCCGAGAUAUAGUAAUUUGUUGUUUGGACCAUGGAAUCGUGCCUACUUGUUGAAGGAUAGCAUCAGCUUGCAAGUGUGUUGCCUUGCUUGGCAAGUAGGAUGACCAUUUCGAGUUCCAGAUUUUGAUUUGCACCUCGUGAUGGAGCUCCUUUUCCUAUUGACUUAUUGGAGAUUUAGCAACCAAUUGGCAGACUGGUCUAUAUCAGUAAAAGCAUAGCAACUGUAGAUGAAGCCGAGAAGCAAAAUUUGCAGAUUCUCAUCUCCCAUUUUGUUGUGAAGACUCAGUCCCACGAAUAACAAUCCUUUUUGUGGUUGGAUUGAGUGCAGAGGCAGUGUUGUAACGUUAGAUUAGAGGGCGUACAUCAGGAGAGUUCAUACAUCAGAUUCAUGCCAACUUAUGCCCUUUUUAUUCGUUUUUGAUUAUGUAACAAAUUGGAACAAAAAUUACAAGGCUGUUUCAUUUGUUCCUCAACUGUUAGUAAUUAUUC